ACCUUAAAAUCUUACCUACUAAAACGAGCUGUCCUCAGCAUCGCUAUCUUCCUCCCCCUGCUUCGGUUUCUUUCUCUCUCCACGCUUUUCUCCGAGUUGCUAUUUCCUUCCAACGCCAUUCCUGGAUCUCCGAACUCAAUAUCUCUGGUUCUCAGAUCGGAGUAGGGUCUAGUAGCUCCGGCGAUCUCACCUGCGGAAGCUAAGCUUUUGUCCUGAAGAUGAACAAUCUUCUAACGGACUCCUUUGAGCUCCCUCGUGGUCAGUCUUCAAGAGAGGGGGAUGUUGAACUAGGACUGCAGGGCUCUAUGCAUUCUUCAGAAUUGGGCAUGGAAGGAUUCUUUAAACAGGUUCAAGAGAUUGACAAACAAAUUGAAAAGCUUUCAAAGCUACUAACAAAGCUUCAGGUACGGGAUUCAAAUAUAUUUUUAUUUUGCUUCAUCUUAUCAUUUUUCUAGCCCUGAAAAGCUUGUACCCAAGCACAAACUUCAC